CGGCGGGCGGGUAGGAGGGCGAGCGGCGGGGGCUGGAGCCGGCCUGAGAUCAACCUCCCCCUGCCCCCGCAACCACUGGCACACCUGCCUCCGGGCUCGGCCACCAUCCGCCUCCCCCAUGUAGCCUUGUCCCUGCCCCGGGCGGCUUCUCCCCGCUCCUCCCCAUGCCCGUGGGAGCCCCCGGGCCCGGGGGGGCCUGCGGCAUGACAGCAGCUGCCCCCUCCCACGGGGGCGGCAGGCAGGAGCGGGCCCGGCUGCCCCCCGUGAGGUGGGGGUCGCUGCUGGGGCUGUAGGAAGGACCCCCCCUUCCCCCUCCUCGGCUUCUCCUCGCCGCCCCCCCCCCGCCGGGCUUCAUGCCCCCCCAAGGACGAUGGAGGUGGUGGGGGACUUCGAGUACAGCAAGAAGGACCUGAUCGGCCAUGGGGCCUUUGCUGUGGUCUUCAAAGGUCGCCACCGCAAGAAGACUGAUUGGGAAGUAGCCAUAAAAAGCAUCAACAAAAAGAACUUGUCCAAGUCACAAAUCCUGCUUGGGAAAGAAAUCAAAAUCUUAAAGGAACUUCAGCAUGAGAACAUUGUAGCUCUCUAUGAUGUUCAGGAAAUGCCCAACUCAGUCUUUCUGGUGAUGGAGUACUGCAAUGGUGGUGAUUUGGCAGAUUACUUACAAGCUAAAGGAACGCUUAGUGAAGACACCAUCCGAGUGUUCCUCCAGCAGAUUGCAGCAGCUAUGCGUAUUUUACAUAGCAAAGGAAUAAUUCAUAGGGAUCUAAAACCCCAGAACAUCUUGCUGUCUUAUGCAAGUCGCAGGAAGUCAAGUGUCAGUGGCAUCCGUAUCAAAAUAGCUGACUUUGGUUUUGCUCGUUACCUGCAUAGUAACAUGAUGGCUGCCACCCUGUGCGGAUCCCCAAUGUAUAUGGCUCCAGAGGUAAUUAUGUCACAACACUACGACGCAAAGGCAGAUCUGUGGAGCAUAGGAACAGUGAUUUAUCAGUGUCUUGUUGGAAAACCACCUUUUCAGGCCAAUAGUCCUCAAGACUUGAGAAUGUUCUAUGAAAAGAACAGGAACUUGAUUCCUAGCAUUCCUAGGGAAACAUCAGCUUAUCUGGGUGACCUGCUGUUGAGUUUGCUUCAGAGAAACCAGAAAGACAGAAUGGACUUUGAAGCAUUCUUCAACCACCCUUUCCUGGAUCAGGUUUCAACAGUCAAAAAGUCCUGCCCUGUGCCAGUGCCCACAUAUGCAGGCUCGGUCUCGGGGAGUUCCUGUGGUAGUUCUCCAUUGUGCCGUUUUGCAUCUCCUCCAUCCCUGCCAGACAUGCAGCAUAUUCAGGAAGACAAUUUAUCUUCCCCGCCACUGGGUCCUCCUAACUAUCUUCAGGUGUCCAAGGAUUCUGCCAGCACCAGUAGCAAGAACUCAUCUUGCGACACAGAUGAUUUUGUCCUGGUUCCACAUAACAUCUCUUCUGACCACUCCUAUGAUAUGCCGUUGGGAGCAGCUGGCAGACGGGCUUCAAGCGAGUUCUUGAUGUGUGGAGGUCAGUCACCAUUAACCAUUUCUGGAAGCUCAGGAACCUUACAGAAACCAUCCUCAAACUCCUCUCGAAGUAGUUCUUCUAGUUCAGCUAACAGGCAGUGUCAGCCGUCAGUGUCCCCCCGCAGCGAAACGGCACCGAUUCCCGUUCCCACGCAGUUACGGAAUUACCAGCGCAUAGAACAGAACCUCACGUCGACCGCCAGCCCCGUUUCAAAUCCCCAUGGGUCACCAAGAUCUGCAGUGGUGAGACGAUCCAAUACCAGCCCCGUGGGCUUUAUGAAGAUGGGCUCUUGCUCUCCAGUACCAGCCGACACUGUGCAGGGGGUUGGGCGCAGGCUGUCCACGGGGUCUUCAAGACCAUAUUCUCCUUCACCAUUGGUUGGAACCAUACCCGAGCAGCUCGGACACUGUUGUUGUGGACAACCUCAAGGGCAUGAAUCGAGGAGUAGAAACUCUUCAGGUUCUCCAGUACCACAGUCUCAGUCACCUCAGUCCUUCAUGAUGGGAGCCAGGUUGCAGAGUGCUCCGACUCUUACUGAUAUCUACCAGAACAAACAGAAGCUCCGAAAGCAGCAUUCGGACCCUGUGUGCCCGUCAUAUGCAGGGUAUGGGUACAGCCAUUCUCCGCAGCCAAGCAGGCCUGUUAGCCUGGGAACGUCACCUACAAAACAUAUGGGAUCAUCGCCUAGGAGCUCAGACUGGCUGUUUAAAACUCCGUUACCAACAAUUAUUGGCUCUCCCACUAAGGCAACCGCUCCUUUCAAGAUACCCAAAACUCAAGCAUCCUCGAACUUGCUGGCUCUGGCUACUCGUCAGGGGUCAGCAGAUGCUCCAUUGCAGCCUAAAGAUGUAACAGACCCAAGGGGUUUUAUGCACUUCCACUUUACGCAAGGCGGUGAAAAACCGGUUGCAGAGCAUCACAGCAAGGCAGCAUUUGGCAGAUCUGUCAGUACUGGGAAGCUGUCGGAUCAGCAAGUGAAGGCUACCCUUGGGGGCCAGUUAUAUCAGGGCAGCACAGACAGCCUCAAUACUGAGCGACCAAUGGACACAGCUCCAGCAGGAGCCUGUGGAAUUGCAAUGGCACCUCCUUGCAUAGGAACUGGAGCAAGUUCCAGGGCUGUAAUGUUUACUGUAGGGUCACCUCCGAAUAGCGCUACCCCUCCUACCUGCACCCACAUGGUCCUCAGAACUCGAACGACUUCAGUUGGAUCCAACAGUUCUGGAGGGUCUCUCUGCUCUACAAGUGGCCGUGUAUAUAUGGGCUCCCCUCCUGGUAUUUAUAUGGGUUCUUCUCCCCCUGGAGCAGACCCAGCUCCAAAUCUGAAGUACAUGCCGUACGGUACUUCACCUCCCAGCUUAGAGGGCUUUAUCACUUUUGAAGCACCCGAACUACCUGAGGAAACUUUAAUGGAGAGAGAACAUACAGAUACGCUGCGUCACCUAAACAUGAUGCUGACAUUCACAGAAUGCGUUUUGGACCUGACAGCAAUACGAGGAGGAAACCCAGAGCUGUGCACCUCUGCCGUGUCGCUGUAUCAGAUUCAGGAGAGCGUUGUCGUUGAUCAGAUAAGCCAGCUAAGCAAAGAGUGGGGACAAGUAGAGCAGCUUGUGUUGUACAUGAAAGCAGCACAGUUGCUGGCAUCUUCUCUUCAUCUUGCCAAAGCACAAGUCAAGUCAGGGAAACUGAACCCAUCCACUGCUGUCAAACAAGUUGUCAGAAAUCUGAACGAGCGAUACAAGUUCUGCAUCGGUAUGUGCAAGAAGCUAACAGAAAAGCUGAAUCGUUUCUUUUCCGACAAGCAGAGGUUCAUCGAUGAAAUCAACAGUGUCACUGCAGAGAAGCUCAUCUACAACUGUGCUGUGGAAAUGGUUCAGUCAGCGGCACUAGAUGAGAUGUUUCAGCAGACGGAAGAUAUCACAUAUCGAUACCACAAAGCAGCCUUGCUGCUCGAAGGACUGACGAAGAUACUGCAGGAUCCUGCGGAUAUAGAAAAUGUACACAAAUAUAAAUCUAGCAUCGAACGAAGACUCUCUGCCCUUUGCUACAGCACAGUGGCUGUUUAUGAACAGUAGCAGUAUCCCAAGGACCAGGUGGCAUGAACAUAAGGGACCACUUCAGUGAUAUUGUACUACUUUUGCUACAGCUUAAUUGUUGCCACUUCCCCACCCCUGUGGAAGAUGACUUUAAAUUUCCAUGGUGACUACCAAAGAAGCAGCAGUGAAUUCAAAGAGGAAAAAUUCCAAAAGUACAACAUUUGUAGAAAAUCUGCCUUAUUGAUACAGUCACUCCUUCCGUUUUUCCUCAUAGCAGCAGAAUUUAAAAGAAUUAGAACGUUGUACGUGAAAUUCUGGCUUGGUCGACUUCAUUUUCCUUACCAAGGACUAUAAAGACUGGAGCCCCCUUCCCCAAGCCGGCGCAGUCGUGUUUCCUUAGGGAAGAUUCCAUUUGAAGGUUUGUGAAGACUUUGUUUUUAAUUGCCAGUAACAAACUAUUGAAUGAAGGUGUAAAACUCCAUAUGCAUACGUGUGCAGUUUGAAGCUUUUUGGGGAUAAGCUGGCUUGGAUAUGAGCUCCCGUUCUAGAGACAGCUCACCGGUCCGCAACGGACGGGGUGGGAAGGAAGCACCUUUUACAGGGGAGAAGACAGACAGUGGAAGAGACUUUGCUCCAGCUGUUCAAACUCCCUAAAUGGUUUCGUCAGCUGCAAUGGCUACAAUUUGAUGCUCUUCUUCCAAAACACUUCGUAUUGCACUAAUUUACUAAAGCAACUGUAUAGUCAUUUUCGAAGCUCUAUUAAUUUAAAAAAGGCACAAUGGGCUUUGCUGACACAGUUUCAUUUCAUUGUAUAUAAGAUCCUUUUCAGAAUUUCAGAUGUAGCUUCUAGGAGACUUUCAGAAAAACUUGUAAAGACUUGUAUUAUUCAUGUGAGCCUUUCCAUUUUAUACCUAUUUGUCUAAUACUUGAGUAACUUACUGCUACAGACUUUCUCAGUAAUAGAAAUGUUUGAGUUGCUGGUUGUUUCUAUAGCGGUUUGGUUGCAUCUUCCGUUGUGCAUGCAGUACAUGCAUUAAUGCCUGCAGUCUCUGAGUGUAUAGCAGCUCUCUGUAUCCUGUUUCCUGGACAGUAUUACAACAAAAUACUGUAAGCUGAGAGGUUCUGUGAGGAGCCGUGUGAGAAUGGAGAGAAACUGGGAAUCGGCAUGCUGAUUUGGCGACGUGGAAUUGGGACAUGCAGCGUGCAGACAUCAGGGUCGCUUUGUGUGCGUUUUCAGGGAGAGGUGGGAAGCUUCACAUAGCCUCGUAGGCAUUUAUCAUUUCAAGCAUCCCUUCAAAUCAUCAGGGCAGCAAUUCUUGAAGUAUUUAGGCGAAUCAGCUUCUCUGGAAAUGGUUCCUGUAUUUUAUUUGGGGGAAUUGUUUGGGGGGAAUUUGUUUCAUUUUUGGGGGGUUUUUUGUUUUCCUUGGUUACUCACUGCUUGAAUACUUGAAUAAACCAUUCUCCAGGACAAAAUAAUUUUAAUCCUGUUAGAUACCGUGAUCUGAGCUAUUUGACAGUUGUACAGAGUUCCUGCACCGGUAUUGUUUUAGUAUACUGAUAACCAUGUGUUUCCUUUACUUUGACAAAGUAAUGUACUUUUUACCUUAUUUAUCUGUAUGAAAUUCCAGCGGUUCAUUUGAAAGUGUUCGUUUAUAUAAUGUUUGUAUUUUUAGGUCUUUAAUACAGUGUUUCUACCUCUCCUUUGUAACUGCAUGCAUUCUUGAAACUAGGUAAUAACUCACUGAACUGUUGUGUAAUAGCCUUUUUAUUAUGGCCUGUAUAAAUGUAUAUUAAGGUAAAAUAAACUGACACUAGAAGUGUUUCUAUGGUA